AUGCAUAAUUCAACAGCUCCACUUUCGGCCCGCCUCUUUCCUAGGGGUGGGAGUUUGCUGCAAACUUUGUUUAUGGGACAGUCCGAGAGCCGCGGCGGCCGAGCUCGUCUACGUCUUCUCUGUCGCUUCCUCGCGCAGAGCGAGCGCCGGAGGCCGGCUCCGGGGAUAAAGAUGAAUCCGUCCUCGGUGCCCCAUCCGCUCCCGCCGCCAGGGCAGCAAGUCAUCCACGUCACGCAGGACCUCGACACGGACCUCGAAGCCCUCUUCAACUCUGUCAUGAACCCCAAGCCCAGUUCGUGGCGGAAAAAGAUCCUCCCGGAGUCCUUCUUUAAGGAGCCUGAUUCGGGCUCGCACUCGCGACAGUCCAGCACCGACUCAUCGGGCGGCCACCCCGGGCCUCGACUAGCUGGCGGCGCGCAGCACGUCCGCUCGCACUCGUCGCCCGCAUCCCUGCAGCUUGGCACCGGUGCGGGCGCCUCUGGAGGCCCUGCACAGCAGCAUGCACAUCUCCGCCAGCAGUCCUAUGACGUGACCGACGAGCUGCCGUUGCCCCCCGGGUGGGAGAUGACCUUCACAGCCACUGGCCAGAGAUACUUCCUUAAUCACAUAGAAAAAAUCACCACAUGGCAAGACCCUCGGAAGGUGAUGAAUCAGCCUCUGAAUCAUGUGAACCUCCACCCCUCCAUCACUUCCACAUCGGUGCCACAAAGGUCCAUGGCAGUGUCCCAGCCAAAUCUCGCGAUGAAUCACCAACACCAGCAAGUCGUGGCCACUAGCCUGAGUCCACAGAACCACCCAACUCAGAACCCACCCACGGGGCUCAUGAGUGUGCCCAAUGCACUGACCACUCAGCAGCAGCAGCAGCAGAAACUGCGGCUUCAGAGGAUCCAGAUGGAGAGAGAAAGGAUUAGGAUGCGUCAAGAGGAGCUCAUGAGGCAGGAAGCUGCCCUCUGCCGACAGCUCCCCAUGGAAACCGAGACCAUGGCUCCUGUCAACACGCCUGCCAUGAGCACAGAUAUGAGGUCUGUCACCAACAGUAGCUCAGAUCCUUUCCUCAAUGGAGGGCCCUAUCAUUCACGGGAGCAGAGCACAGACAGCGGCCUGGGGCUAGGAUGCUACAGUGUCCCCACAACUCCAGAAGACUUCCUCAGCAACAUGGAUGAGAUGGACACAGGUGAAAAUUCUGGUCAGACACCCAUGACCGUCAAUCCUCAGCAGACCCGCUUCCCUGAUUUCCUGGACUGCCUUCCAGGAACAAAUGUUGACCUCGGGACUUUGGAGUCUGAAGAUCUGAUCCCCCUCUUCAAUGAUGUAGAGUCUGCUCUGAACAAAAGCGAGCCCUUUCUAACCUGGCUGUAAUCACUACUGUUAUAACAUGAAGCAGCUGUUUGCUAACGUGUCCUGGGCCUUGCGGACCAAGCCAUGGAGCGGAGCGGGCCUGCAGCUGCCGGCCUUCUGCCUUCAUACUCACACUCCUUGUCCAUGUGGCCACUUAAUCAUUGCCUGGUUGUGAUUUGCAGGAAGACACAGAAAUAAAUAUUCUCUUUUCAUUUUCUGCAAGCCUGCAUUUCUGUGGCAGAUAAAAAGCAGGAUUGAUUGUGCAGAAUAACUUUUUAGAAAAUGCCCGCUGCCCUAUGGCCGAGCUUUAUUGCAGUUAGCUUAAAUUCAUUUAUCAAUUGGUUCUAAGCCAUAAAAAGCUGACCUCAGGCAGUGAAUUCUGAUAGGCAGCUUGGUCCAGGAAGUGUACACAACGACCUGAUUUACAGUUUCAAAAACUGUACUGAUAACAGUAGUAACAAAUGCUUUAAAACUUAUUUAACUUGAUCUUUUUUAAAAAAAUCAUUGUAUGGAUAGUAAUUUUCUCCUGUAGAAGAUACAGUGUAGUUUGGAAUCCAUGCUGGCUCUGAUGGCUUCUCUUAUUCUGUGUUAUCACCUUUCAUCAUUUUCCUGCAUAGCAGCUUAGUCCUGUGAGCAGGAGGGUAACUGAACAUCUGUCACAAUUCUUGCAUCAGACAGAUCAUGUGAAAGAGACCAGUUUGGUUCCAGUAUCAAUGAUUACAGAACAGAACUAUUUUUUAUUGCAACUUGGAUUUUGUUUUCAAAAUGCAGCUUAGAAUUUGAUGUUUGUUUUUAUAUAUACAAAAUAAUAAUUUUGUAGCUAUUACAAAGGGUAGCCAAAUGUUUUUGAUAAAUCAGAGGCAACUAUGUUUUUGUGUUUUGAACCUGUUCUGAAAACAUCAGGCCAACGUUAGCCGCAGCCUGAUGACCCUUGAGUUUCGUAUGCUGCAUUUUGUAUUCUGAGGCCUUAUUAGUUCUGCUUUCCAGAUUUCAAGUGUUUAAAAAUAAUCCUGUCUAUGAAACUGUUUGAAGAAUGAAGCAGAUGUCUGAUUAACAUACACAGAAAGGCCCUUGUCAGGGCAUGUGAUGUAGAUUUGUAUUUCUGAAUUCAGUUAAAUUGAUUCCUGUACUAUCCUAAUCCUUUUGCUAAGUUGGUAAGAAAAAAAAUCUAAGGUAUGUACUCAAUACCUCUCAUGUAACCAACAUAUUCCUUAUUUUGUUAGCUUUUUAAGGACUGAGAGUUUCAUGUCCAUCUGGCAGGCAGUCUGCCUGCACUUGCAAUGAAGUCCUUAGCUGUUUAGUAUUUUGAACUGACAUUAUUUAUAAUCUAUGAAUUUAAUCUCUUUUUUAUUUUUUGAAAGACAUCAAGAAUCUGUAAGGAAGCUUUCAGUUGCUGUGAGCAUGAAGGUUUCUUUGUUGAGGAUCUUCAGUAAGAUCCCUUUUGAUCCAUUGGAAUAUAAAUGCACAGAGUACAUUUGAUCUUGGUGGGAAGAGGCAAGUUGAAAGGUCAGAGGCAAAGUAGCAUAGCUGGGGAACAUGGCAGAAAGGCCAGUUGAUGAAGCAGACAUGUCAGAACCCCUCAAAAACAAGGCAAGCAAGACUGUGUGAGAGUGCCCCAAAGAGCAAAGCAACAAUUUUCUCUCGAUGCCUGUGUGCUGUUAGAGAGAAGAGGGUUAGGGUGCACUUUACCAGGGAAGGGCAGAGGAGGAAGGGGUGGGGAUGUGACAUUGUCUAUGUAUUGCCAAGGGUCUCACAGACAAGAGCAUGGACUACUGUGGCUUCUGGCACUCUUAAAGUGAUUUUUCUUUUUCUGAAGGAACCCCAAUUUAUGUCCAGGUAAUUCCUUGCUCUCUCUGAGCACUCCCAGAGAAGCACGUAGGUAUUUAUGUUGCUACUAGGUUGAAAGGGAGCACUCUUUUGUUUCCUCUUUUGUUAGCAGAAGUUGCAAAAAAAAAAAAAAGAGUUGUACAUUCUUUCUGAGGAAAACCAAAAACAAGCCAAAACACAAGGGACCUAACAAAACUCGACAAUGUUACUGUAUUUAAAAAUAUUUUUCUAGAUGCAUUUCAGGUUAUUAAGUGUAAAAAACAAAAGAGAUUCUUUUUUAAAAAUUUAGUUAAAUCAUAAAUGAUUUCUGUUACCAAGUUUUAGAAGCAAUUUUCUAGUAAGCUUGUGGCAUUAUGAAAUACUAGAAUAAUUUUCUUAGUAAAUUAGUUUAAACCUUUUAAAUUAAUAUAGUAUUUUUCUAGAAUGAAAUAUGGCCCUUGACUGUUUACUAAUAGAUAAAGCCAGAUAUCAUAAUUGUUGUUUUUAAGAACAUAAAAUGUGCUUUGUUACAGAAGACUAAAGCUAGAAAUCAGACUUUUGUUUCUAGUUCUGAGUGAACCCAAGACUUCAUGUGUGUUGGGCGAGUACUCCCCAGUGGAGCGUCAUCCCCAGCCCUCAGAGCAGUCUCUCAGUGGUUCUUCAACAUUAUUAUAAGUAUUAAUACUUUCUAUGAAUUCAUAAUAAGGUGCUAUUCAUAUACUGUAUCGCCAAUUCUCAGACUAUCUAGUCUUCUAUGUCCUAAAUCAAUAAAUUUUACCAUGUCAUCUCCAAAUUUUGUCAUAGAAUAGAGACAUUUUUUAAAGUUGGAUUCAAAACACGUUUUUCUUGAUAAGAUACACUUUACUGAAGCAUUUAAAUAGCUAAACAUCCUGUCAUUUGUUAACAGUAGGUGAUAUUUAGGCCAUGUUUCACAGUAGUAUCUAGGAUAGAAAAUGUAUUUCUUUCAAUGAUUUCUCAGUGUGUGAGAAGCACAUAAAACAGAGUAAGCCUUAGCCUCCUGGGCACUGCUCAGCAGAACGGAAUCUGCAGAAGGUGAUGUGAAGUGACGGACAUGUCACGGAGUACUGCGUUUUGUGAUGUAAUCAGAAGUAACUUCUGAAAGUACAACUUUCGUGAAACAAAACAAGCCAUUCAGAAAGGAAAACGGUUAAUAUAAAAUGGUGAUUGACGGAGACCCCUUCCCUGACACUGUAUUAUACAAUGUGCUAAUACUUUAACUUAAUUUUUUUUUAUUUUUACUUCUACGAUUUACCAAAUGGGACCUGUAUUGUUGAUUUAUAAUCCAGUAUGUUCUACAUACAGGAACUGUGCAAACAAAUUCAUCAGAUCAAGCCAUUUUAUCUAGAGUUUGGUACAGGUUUUACUUCUCAAUUCUCUAUAAAAAAAAUAAAUACGAUUGAACUUCCA